AUCUAUAUCAGUCUACGUAUGUAAAUGUACCUUUAAAUUUAAUGUAGGUAUACACAAAAAGAGUUAAAUCGGAGUGCACUUUCAGUGUUUUAUAUAAAAAAAGUUUUAUUGCGUAAACAUUGCAAAUACUCAAUAAGGAUAUGGAAGACGAGUUAGAAGACCGAGUUCUAUACCAAACAUACCUUUCAUUUAUGAAAAUCUUGUCUCGUAUCACUAGUAGUGUUCCGUUUGAUACUCCCGUGAGCUAUUUAUGGAAAAUGGUGCGUCUUUAUUUACUACGAUCUGAAGUUUUAGUUUUCACGCUAGCCAUAAUAAUAUUCUUUAUGUAUUUACAAACUAUCGAGCUAUGGAGCCGCACAAUGUUGAGCAGAUUGUCACAAGCCAUGAGCCCUAUAAGUGCGGUACAAAGAAUCAAGCUGCUCGAGGGCUCCGAUGCCGACAAACAGAGUUGGGAGUUAAAGGGUACAUUAAGCGCUGCUUACGCAAUCAAAGGCAGAAGAGUUCAUAUGGAAGACCGAUUUAUCAUAAAUGAAAAUAUAAAUAAUACGGGGGUAUCGCUUUUUGCUAUAUUUGAUGGUCACGGCGGCGAAUUUGCCGCUAACUACGCCAAGGACCACCUUAUUCAGAACCUAUAUAACAAAAUAGUGGAAUUAAAUGAUUUUAAAGAUGGCAAAAUAAUCAGUACACCUGUAAUUGAGACUCCAGAUGACAAAUCAAUAGAAGAUAAUGUUAUUUCUAUUGAUAGGAAAUCCAGUUUUAAGAAGUCUGUGAGUACAGCCGAUGACACAUCAAAGAAAGAAAUAACUGAUCCCGAGCUUUUAGCUCAGCUUUCAAAAGCCAGACCAAUAACAAGAGAAGUGAGACCUACAGCUAAGCCCGUUAAAAAUACACCUAUACCAUUAUCAAGUUACAUAGACAAAGGCAAGAUAAACUUUGGCAAGCUGUUGACUGAUGAGGUGCUGGCUGCGGACCGCCUGCUUGUGGAGGCUGCCAAGAGGUCAUUAAAUGUAGCGGGAACUACUGCUCUCAUUGCAGUGAUGGAGGCCAACUAUUUGUUUGUAGCCAAUGUUGGUGAUUCUAGGGGUGUCAUGUGUGACUCACGUGGCAAUGCCAUUCCUGUUUCAUUUGACCAUAAACCACAACAGGUCCGUGAACAAAAGAGAAUUGAAGCAGCUGGGGGCUACAUUGCGUUUAAUGGUGUGUGGCGAGUAGCAGGUAUAUUGGCGACGUCACGUGCGAUGGGAGACUACCCGUUGAAAGAUAAGAAAUUUGUUAUCGCUGACCCUGACAUUUUGACCUUUAAUCUUGACGACCAUAAACCAAUGUUCUUAGUUCUCGCCUCUGACGGUUUGUGGGAUACUUUCUCAAAUGAAGAGGCUGUUAAAUUCAUUAAAGAAAGGCUAGAUGAACCUGAUUAUGGAGCUAAAAGUCUAACUUUACAAGCUUACUACAGAGGCUCAGUGGAUAACAUCACAGUAUUAGUUAUUAACUUUUUAACUAACAAAAUAUCCGCGGCGACGUCGCAGUAAAUAUUUAGGUAUUGUGUACACUUGUGUGUGCCUUCAAAUUUUAGAAGGUUGAUGUGACUUGUCCUUUAAAUUUUAAGAGUUUUUACUAACUCAUAAUCAAGAUUUCAUUCAUGAAGGUUUUUCUUAGUAAUUCUCAUGGCUGUUUUCUAUGUGGUACCUAGUAACUAAUGUAACAAAACUGUUGUCUUUGCAUAAUAUAUUUCAUACAUUUUAUUGUGAUUUACCAAUGAUAAUUUAAACGAGAUAUUUUAUUAUAACUGUAUAUAUGAGCAAGAGUACAUUAAAAAGUCUUAAGAAUAAAUAAACUAUUUCUUUUGAUAAUAAUGUUUACUGUAUUGUUCUUAUUAAAUGAUAGAUAUCUGUUUUUAAAGUUUUAAUGUCAUAAUAAUUAUUGUACAACUAAAUUGCAUUUUAUAUUGUGUAUGUACAUAUAAUACUUGCAAAUUGAUAAUUGUCCUAGUAUUGUCGUGUCGUAUUCGUAAUGUAAUUCAAGUUUUCAUCUCAAUCAAAUCAUGUGUGUAGUAUGAUGUAAAGUUGUAUCUAUCACCUGGCAUCUUGAUGUUACUUAUGAGAUUACAUAAAAUAUGUAUUUAGUUACGUCCAGUAGAUAAUAUAUUACGUAGACGAGAGUCAUUUAUAUUUUUGAAUGUUAAAAUUAAUGUAUAGCGUCGUAUUUUUGAAAAUCUAAAGUUUUGAAUUUAUGGAUGGUUGUGAUGUGGAUACAGUUUUAACUGGUUGGUCUCUAAGAGUCAUGUUUUGUUGAUUACUCAUCAUGAUAUUGUCCUGUUGACAAAUGUUGUUUUAUUAAAUAAUAUAAACAACGCAGAUGUCAUCAUCAGCCCUCACAGAAUGCAAACAACACAUUUUCACCUCAUGCUAUGGAGAGUUAAGUUUUUACGAUUUCCUUGGCGUGAUAAGAAUGAUUUAUAUAUUGACUUAGGGUUGGUAAACUCUAAUUUUAAAAUUUGAUCCUUAAAGUGAUAUCAGACCAGUGAUUAUGUCUUUAAAUAAUAUGUUACGCGAUACCCUUAAUGGUGUUGUAUUUAAUACUGCAUUUGAUUUGGUUUGAGUAUUUUUACUUUAAAAUGUUAAGGCGUGGAUUCAUAUUUGCCUGUGGUGCUAGUCAUAUUUUCUUAGUUUUAUAUUCUAUCUCUCUUUCAUAACAUUUUAGUUGCAUAAUAAACAUUGGUCAGUGCACUUCAUAAUUCGAAACAAACCCUAUGAUUUUAUUGUACUAUUUUUUAUGUUCAACAUAACAGAUUAUGUAUUCGAAAUAUUUUUGUAAGCGUAUCUAUACAGAGGAAAAGAAAAUAAUCGACUUAAGUACAAAGACAUUGUUUACAGAGUGUAUACCUAUCGGCCUAUGGGGUAUAACUAACUCUUAACUACACGUUGUUGGGGCCAAAUGAAACAUACAACUUGAUCUAAUCAAUGCCUACUAUUAAUUGGCCACGUUAUCAACUACAGUAAAAUUUUGAUAGGUAAGGUGCCAAAAUUGUGUAUAUAUUAUAAAUAUCAUUUUUAAAUUAAUAUUUCGACUUUUGUUUUUUACUGUUUGCAUAAUAAUGCCUUCGGUUACUAAAAUAAUUGAUCAGAUAGAUAACUUUAAGUCCUUAUUGUGUUACCCAUAUUUUGUAGUGAUUUUAACCAUUGUAGGUAGUAUUUUUGUACAUAAUCUACGUUAUAUAAAUCUACCAAAGGUUUAUAUGUUGUCCAGUUGUCUUAGUUUUCCUCAGACUACCUACCAAAGUAUAACAAUAUUGUAUGUAAUACUUAAAUAAAUGGUAUUGUAAA